AUGACCCACCUUCUCAUUAUUCCGGAGUUGCUCGAAAACAUAUUUAGUUUCUUAGUCAAGGAUAAAACGCUCUAUCCAGCUUUAUUCGUCAAUCGCCUUUGGUAUUACUGCAGUGCACCAAUUUUAUGGAGACGCAUUGAAUUUUCCAUAGAAGAUAAUCAGCAAAGGCGAUGGGGUAAAAAUACAUCUGGACCUCUUUAUUGGCAAUUUAAAAAGUUUAAAAGAGUUAUGUGUGAAAAAAUAAAAUCUCACUAUUGCUCAAAAAUAAUAUAUCUUAAAUUGGCAGGUCUAAAAAUCUCGGAUGCAUUACUCAUUGCAAUUCUGCGUUCAUGUCCAGAUAUAAACUUUCUCAUUCUUGAUCGAAGUGAUGGUUUCAGUAAUAUACCAAUUAUGAAAAUCGCAAAAUAUUGUCUGAAACUAUUGCAUCUGAGUCUUGAUGCAUGUAAAGCUAUUACUGAUAAAUGCAUAUUUAAAAUAGCACGAUCUUGCCCAAAUUUAAAAUACAUAAGUCUCGCUUCUUUAUAUAGAGAUAGUAAUAUUUACAGUGAAUCUGUAAUUGAAAUAGCACGAUCUUGUCUCAAUCUAGUAUAUUUAAACCUCAAUGGACAACCUUUUAUUAAUAAUGAAUCAAUUUGUAUAAUUGCACGCUCAUGUGUAAAUCUCCAACAUCUAGACUUGUCUUUUAAUGAUAUAAUUACAGAUGAAGCUAUAUGCGCAAUUGCAACUGGCUGUCCAGAUAUGCGAAGUUAUUUUCUUGAAGAAUGUAAACAGAUUACCAAUAAAUCAAUCAAAAAAAUUGCACAGUUAAAUCAAAAUCUGCAAAAGCUUAUUCUCACUUCUUGUUAUGGAAUUACAAAUGAUGCUGUAUGCAAUAUAGUCCGUUCAUGUCCAAACAUUCAGAAUCUUAGUUUUCAAUAUAUUCAUAUCACUGAUAAAACGAUAUAUGAAAUUGCAUACCAUUGUUCCAAUUUGUCGGUUCUCAAUGUAAAGAAAUGCCCGUUUAUCUCUGAUAAAUCAAUCUACUUCCUAUUAAGCAAAAAACCGACACUAGACAUAGAUUGGUAA